UAAGCCGUGAGAUGGCAGGACAUCGUUGAGUCCGUGGCUCGCCACGUUGGAAGUGGUGACGGCUUGACUUGGAGUGUGUUUUGCGUGUGACAUUUCUCAUAUUGUUCCGCAAGUUUUAAUUGUCAGAAGUGAGCAUUUAAUAAAUCCGAUCCAAAAUGAAAGUGAAGGAGUUGGUGAAGACUGUGAACGUGGCAUGGUCCCCACAAGCACAGCACCCCAUUCUUUUGGCUGCUGGCACUGCGGCACAACAGCUCGAUGCAAGUUUCAAUACAUCUGCCAGCUUGGAUUUGUACUCGCUGAGCCUCCAACAGCCUGGAUAUGACAUGGAAAUUAAAGCCAGUGUACCAAGCGAUCACAGGUUUCAUAAAGUAAUAUGGGGAGCUCAUAACACGAGUCCAGCUGGUAUUUUAGUAGGAGGAUGUGACUAUGGAACAGUAAAAAUAUAUUCAGCAGCAAAAAUGCUAGCAAAAGAGUCGGAUUGUCUGAUAAGUAGCCCCGACAGACACACCGGUCCAGUCAGAGCUCUCGAUAUCAAUCCGUUCCAAUCAAAUCUCCUUGCCUCCGGAGCUAGCGAGAGCGAGAUAUAUAUUUGGGAUAUUGUAAAUACAAAUACUCCAAUGACACCUGGAACUAGGAGUCAACCACCGGAAGAUGUGCAGUAUAUUCAAUGGAACAAACAAGUUCAGCAUAUUCUUGCAUCGACAUUUUCCCAACGUUGUGUCAUUUGGGAUUUACGAAAAAACGAGCCAAUAAUCAAGCUCACCGACGCCAAUUCUAAAAUCAGAUGGAAAGUAGUCCAGUGGCAUCCGGACGUAGCGACGCAACUUUGCCUCGCAUCCGAGGACGAUCAGUCACCAGUAAUCGAAUUGUGGGACUUGCGAUUUGCAACUUCGGCUCUUAAGACACUCCAAGGUCACCAACGUGGAGUUUUAUCGAUAGCUUGGAAUCCUCAUGAUCCCGAUUUGUUGUUGAGUUGUGCUAAGGACAACAGAAUCCUCUGCUGGAAUCCGAAUUCUGACGCGCCGAACGGUGAGAUCGUGUGCGAACUAGCACAGACGAAUCAAUGGAACUUUGAUGUUUCGUGGUGCCCCCGAAAUCCGGGUUUGGUUGUUGGGAGCAGUUUUGACGGGCACGCGGUUGUUUAUUCGUUGUUGGGUGGUCAGCAACAGGGUACGAUCGAAACUUCGAACAAGAUAGUGGAUUCGUUUCCUGGGAUGGAUCCAUUUACGCAACCUCCGACGACAGUGCAAUCAGAACCAGCGGUGGCGUUGAAAAAAGCUCCGAAAUGGCUGAAACGUCCAUUCGGAGCGUCUUUCGGUUUUGGUGGAAAACUUACGAUAUUCGAGAACGAACCGGCCGAUCCGAAUUCCAACAACUGUCCGAAUCGCAAAGUCAUAGUUUCGCAAGUAAUUACGAACCCCGAAUUGAUAAAACGCUCGAAUGACCUCGAAGAAGCCCUUAAGAGCGGUCAAUUCAUCGACUAUUGUAAAGGCAAAGCGAACGUGGCGGAAAGCGAACACAAAAAGAAAGUUUGGAAUUGCGUUGAAGCCUACUUUAGCGACGAUGUUACGAAAGGAUUGAUACAAUUGUUGGGCUACGACUUGGAUGCUAUGAAUCAAAAUCUUAGACAAUUCGUGCCGCAGGAAGAUAUCGAUGCUCUUGCGGACGGCAUCGCUAAAAUAGAUAACAUUCAGAAUGGAAAUGUUCUCGAUGGCAGUGCUACUUUCGACGCAAUCGCUCAACAGGAACAAGAUAAGAAGAGAUUAGCGACUACUAAAGUUUUAGAUAGCAAUUUCAAAAUUAAUACAUCAAACGACGAAGAUGGACUCAUAACACAAGCCAUUUUGGUCGGAAACAUCGAAGCUGCGGUAUCGCUUUGUUUCUCGACGAAAAGAUACGCCGAUGCGAUUAUUCUGUCGAUGGCUGGCGGUCCAGAUUUGCUCGCUCGUACGCAGUACAAAUACUUCGCCGAGCACAGCGGGGCCUUAAAUUCUCUAAUAAAUUCACUAGUUAGUGAGAAUUGGAGUGACAUCGUGAAGAAUUGCGAUAUUACGUGCUGGAAAGAAACACUCGUAGGAAUAUUCACGCACUCUCAGCCCGAGGAACGUUCCCUUUUGUGCGACAUGCUGGGCGAUCGUUUAGCAUCGUGCGACGAUCCAAAUUUGAAGAAAGAAGCUCAAAUAUGUUAUAUAAGUUCAGGAAAUUUGAACAAAAUGAUUGAAGUUUCGGAGUCAGGAAUCCAAGAGACGGUGGAGUUAGUGAUGAUAAUGCAAAAAGCAUUAGAAUUGAGAGGAUUGAAGGAAGCACCAAUAGACGGCAACAUAGCGUCGGUGCUAUCGAAUUACGCAGAGAUAUUAUCAACCGAGGGAAAUUUGGAAGCAGCUUUGAAUUAUUUGGGAAAUAGUCAAGAGGAGAGAAUAUCGAUGCUGCGCGAUCGUCUUUGCAGAGCUUUGGGAUACACACAGCAAGUGAACAAUCAGCACGUUGCGCCCAAGGCACCAGUGACUCAAAAUUAUUACGAGCAGAAUGCUCCGAGAAAAUCUUAUGACAACAACGCCUAUGGUCAGGUGACCGGGCAGAGUUGGAACACAGCACCGAUGAAAAGUGCUUAUGGUGGUAGUACAAUGAUGAAUCAAAUGAAUGCACAACAAACUCCGAACAUUGGCUUGCCGCCGAUUCAGCAACAGCCAACAAUUCAGGAUCAAUAUUCCGGAAUGAAUUCUUACGGACAAAUUUCUGCCCAAGUGCCACCCCCGCUGCCAACCACGGGAACGAGCCUCGGGGGCUCGAGGCCUCCCAGUGUCGGACCUCAGUCCCGAUCGAAAUACAUUCUCGAUCCUUCGGUCAAAUCAACGCCUUCUUAUCCCGGUUAUCAGAAUCAAACUUCCAUGUAUAAUCCUGUUCCUCCCGUUUCCGCUUAUCCUUCCCAAAAUUCUUACCAACCCCAAGCUCCCAUCUCUGCCUCUGGUUAUCCCAAUCAACCCCAGAACACUAUGUACAACCCUCUCGAGAAUGAUGCCUUCAAAAAUAAUCCAUCGAACAUCAUGACCCCCGCCAUUCCAGCUCCUCAAUUACCACCGACCCAAUCCCAACUCUACGAUCCCAAUCGAGCACAACCUACUCAGCAGCUACAAAAUUAUAACGAAAAUGUUUAUCAACCUGGACCACAACCUUCUGGAUGGAACGAUCCGCCUAUUGGAAAAGCCAGCAGAGCUCAACCAGUUCUGGCACUGUGCAACAAAAAUGAAAUGUCGGCGGAACACGCCGGAACAAGGAAAUGGAAAGCAAAGCAUUCGAAGAAUGGUAGUUCUAAGGCGAAAACGGAAUUCCAGUCACAAAAUCCUAUUGUACAUCCCUUGCACGGAGCUAUGCCACAACAGGAAUAUAACACUGCUCCACAGGAUCAGUAUUACCGUGAUCCACAAAUGCCCUACAACCCGCAACAAUACAAUCAAACAGUUCCACAUUCGGGAAUGCAAUUCAAUAAGCCAUACGAGCCCCAGCAGCAACAUCAACAGCCAAUCGAACAGGCGAGAGUUGCUGAGCCUGAGAAACCGAAAGCUCCGAUUCCAGAAGAACAUGUUCAUCUUAAAACGGUGUUUGACGAACUGAGACAUCAGUGCUACGAGACUGCCAAAAAUCCGCAAACAAAGCGAAAAAUUGAGGACGUACAGAGAAAGCUGGAAGUAUUAUACGAUUGUCUCAGAGAGAAUUCACUAACGCCAAAUACUCUUCAAGGCUUACAUCAAAUAGCACAGAUGGUCCAGAGUGGUGAUUAUACGAAUGGUCUUGGAGUACACACGCAGUUGGUUUCAGGCCCAGAUUUCAGUAGAAUCGCAUCAUUCAUGCCCGGUGUUAAGGUAUUGCUCCAGAGUGCUCUUCAAUUGAGUGUAUACAUCACGUAAACGGAUGUUCGAAAAAUGGAAGUUCUCCGAAGUGACAGUACGACCUCCAGAUUAAUAAAGAAAACAAACAAAUCAAAUAUCCAUGUAUAUGAAAAAGUAUACAAGAACGCAGUUGACCUUUGAAUAACGAGGAUAACAUUUAUCGAGAAGAAUUACGAGAAAUGGGUAAUUGCUGAUGUGCCGAACGUUUUUUUCCCCAAGAAUCUUAUAUUCUUGUUGCUAAAACAUUUAUUUGAGCAUAGAAAAACAGAAAAGGAUUGUCAUCAUUUGAUUAAAUUGCAAAAUAACCAAAAAGAAAUUAGGGACAAAAAAUAAUAAGCAUCGAUCAGUUUAGAAUUGUUUAACCAAACUCAGAACACGAAAAGUAUGAUCUGAAUAUUGGGAAUGAUAAAAUCAAUCGCUUAUCAGGAUGAGGGAAUAAAGGCGUGUGUAGGUAUGUAAAGCCAAAGUAAUUUUAUAAAGUAUAAAUAAAUUGUCUAUUAAGCAUCAA